GUCAGGACUCGGGAGUGAUCCGUGGUGUGUUUGUAUGGGAUGGUGAAUGAAUGGUGGUCGGUUGGAGAUGAAUAUCAAAGUUACAUGUGUGUAAACUGUUACUAGGCAGAAAACAUCAUGGCAGAUGUAAGGGAUAUUCUUGAACUCGAGAGGCCUCCAACUCCAGAAAUAACUAAAGAAGCAAUUUUAGGGCCUGAAAAAGUGAAAAAGAAACCAUUAACAACAAAGGUUUCAAAACGCCCAGAAGGAAUGCACCGAGAAGUGUUUGCCUUGCUUUAUACCGAUAACAAAGAUGCACCACCAAUAUUUCCAACAAAUACAGGUCAAGGCUACAAACAGCUUAAAGCCAAAUUGGGCAUGAGACGUGUACGUCCUUGGAGGUGGAUGCCAUUUACUAAUCCAGCACGUUCAGAUGGUGCCGUGUUUCAUCACUGGAAGAGGACCACAGAUGAAGCAAAGGAUUACCCUUUUGCUAAAUUUAAUAAACAAGUUCCAGUUCCCACUUACACAGACACAGAGUACCUGCAACACUUGCAUAAUGAUUCAUGGAGUCGACAGGAAACUGAUCACUUGUUUGACUUGUGCCGUCGUUUUGAUUUACGGUUCAUUGUGAUUCGUGAUCGCUGGGAUCGGUCUCGUUUUCCCGAUAGAAGUGUGGAGGACUUAAAGGAGCGGUAUUAUGACAUUUGUGGAACACUGAAUAAGCUCAAAGCCAGUUCCAGUCAUGAAACUAAGAUAUAUGUGUUUGAUGCAGACCAUGAAAGAAGACGGAAAGAGCAACUAAAACGAAUUUUUGAAAGAACUGCAGAACAGAUUGAGGAGGAACAGACUCUUAUAAAUGAACUGAAGAAGAUUGAAGCAAGGAAGAAAGAACGAGAAAAGAAACAGCAGGAUCUUCAGAAACUGAUAACAGCUGCUGAUUGCCAAGCUGAGACAAGAAAAUCUGAAAAGAAACUCACAAAGAAGAAGUUACAGCAUCAGAUAAGGCCACGUGUUGAUCCCAGUGUUGUGGAAGCAGCUGGUAUCAAAUUCCCAGAUUUCAAAGGCAGUGGUGUAAGUCUACGUUCUCAGCGUAUGAAGCUUCCUGCCAGUGUGGGACAGAAGAGAACCAAAGCUAUUGAGCAGCUACUGCAGGAGCUCUCUAUAGAAUUGAACCCAAUGCCUACAGAAGAUAUAUGCAUACACUUCAAUGAACUGCGUAGUGAUAUGGUGCUGCUCUACGAGUUGAAGUCUGCAUUGGCAACAUGCGAAUAUGAUCUCCAGACUCUUCGCCAUCAGUAUGAGGCUUUGAAUCCUGGCAAGACCUUGGUGGUCCCCAGUUCCAUAUCAGGAAACAAGGAAACAUCCCGAAAUUAUGUUUCUGCAGAGAGUGAGACUGCAAAACAGAAAGGAAUCUCUGAGAUCAUAGAUGUUGUGGGCUCUCCAGGCACUCCUAACAUGACUUGAAUGUUUCUUGUACUUAAGCUGAGCUGAGAUUGUAUCUGCCUUGGAUUUUCUGGUUACAAAAUACAUGCUAUCAGAAGCAUGUGAAGGGAGCAUAGGAAUAAUACUACAGAAAAUUUCUUUACUUUAUUCCAUCUCCACAAUAGGAAGUAUAGAUUCACCAUACAUUCAUUGUUCACACACACAGUAUGAUGGUAAAAUAUAGUACUACAGAAAAGUUGGUAAAAUUGUCACUGCUUGUAACUGCGUGAUUAACCUAAGUAAUUGUGAUGAAUUACAAGAUGUACUGAGAGCAUAAUUUGAAUAUGCGUAUUGAAACUGUAAAAAAGGGGCAAAACCCAGCUUCCGAGGGU